GACUUUUCAAACAAAACUUCUAGGAUCGGCAGGGUGAAGAUGACGUCGUUAGCACCAGAGUCGCUGCAACUUUGACGCGAUGGACUCUUCACCACGCUAUCAAUUUUUGUGAAUACGUAAUAUCAACACCCCUCCGCAAUAGCGGGAGAUCGUAGACUGAUCAAAAAGAUGUUGAAAACACUGAGAUAAGGGUGAAUUUCUUUAUCAAAACCAAACGAAACAAGAUGUCGCGACCCGCGAAAUUUCUCUUGCGCAGGUGGAUGACAUCUUCCUACUUCCUGCUUCUGCUGUACAAUUUCUACGAAAAUCCUUGUGGCAGAAGUAGCAUGACAAACUCCCGACAUCAACUCCAGCUCCUCGGUGAGGUGCUCGGUUUUCAAGUCAUCCAGAAGCGAAAACGAAUCGACAGAAAAAUUUUGAAACCACCAGCAGGAGCAGGAAGUGCAAAUGCGGAUGGAGCUUCAUCAGCCACUGGGAGAAAAAGCGAAGUAGAUGCUCCUGGCGAGGACCCGGAUCAAAUACCGCCCGGAGAACGGGAAGAUCUUCAGGAAGAAGUUCCUGAAGAUGCAGAAGAACCGCUGUCUCCGAACGAGGAUGAGGCAGAUGAUGUUGAAAAUAAUUACGACGGACAACCCGAAGAGCAAGAACUUGACUCAACCGCGACUGGGAGGGACGACACAAGCAAACUUAGAAGUCCCGGGGUCUCAUCAUCUCCGGACGUCGAGCGCCUGCAGCGGGACAGAAGUCCUGGGCAGGAACCACGAAAGAAUGAAGCAGGGCGAACAGUAGCAGUAGCAGAAGAGGGAAUGACGAACAACGAUAGUAACGCUGGAUUUGUAGAUGUUGACAAUCGUAAAACAAAAACUUCUUCCACCGAGAUGAAGACGACUUCUGCGAAAAAGAACGCCGAUCCUUCCUCCACCCUUCAGCUGGGUGCAAAAAUCAAAGUCCACAGUUCCGCCACGGCGACACAUACGCUGCAGGAGCACUCCCAUGUCAUUUUCUCUAGUGAACACGCAGCCAUGGGAGGAGCGAGCCAGGCCGCCAAGGAAGAGGCGGGCGCAAAAAUCAUGGCGUCGAGUCAGACGCAGGAAGCAGAGGGCGAGGGACAGAGUCUGUGGGACAAGGCGAAAGCAGUGGCGCAGGCGGGAGUGGAUUACUCGUCAGAAAAGGCAUCGGAAAUGGCACAGUACAUGUUCGUAUGCAAUGCAAAACAAGCAUCGUACUAGUAUAAAUUGCAUCACAAAUUUUGGCAAGAAGGAAGGUGGAAUUUGUAAUGCUGCUUUUCCUCAGGAAAAACAUUUGUCAUGCAUAUGCGCAAUCAGUACGAGUGCGAUACUUUUGCACAGGAUAGUUCGGUGACGAAGAAGAUGAGAACACCGAGGAAACGACCACCACCACAGCGGCUCCGAAGACCUCCAAUAUCACCUGCAUCGCCAUCAUCGUGUUAGUGGUUUCCGCAGUGGUGCUGCUCCUUAUCGGGUUCGUUGUCGUCUGGUUUUUCGUGCUCCCCGGCGGCCAGGAGAUGCUGCGCGGGACGAAGCGCACCACCGCAAAGCCCUCGAAGGCGUCCAAGGUGACCACGACGGAAACCACCCCUGCCGCCGCCACCUCCGACAAGGACGGGGGCACCGGGGAGAGCGGCGAGGCAGCCGACGGGGCCGGUGGCGACGAGCAGGCAUCCCCCGGAGCGGGGGACGGCGGCACCGGCGGCGCGAAGAGCACGGCUUCGGAGGGCGUGAAGCCUUCUGUUAACAUCGACUACACCAAGGACGGGUCGGGCUCAGUCAACAAGUCGGGUAUGAAGUCCGCGAGCGCGGGCUAUGGACGGACACAAUACCGCUGCGGUACCAUCGCGACUUCGAUCAUGAUCGAAAAAAUGUUGCGAUCAUGAGCGAAAAACAUAGCAAAAAAGGGCGACGAAUCGCGACGGUGGCGUUCUGUUUGUGGGUUUUUGUAUCAUCGCGCGGCCACCAGUGGCGCACUCUCAGUAGCUGACAGGCCGCCGCUUUUUCGUGGUGAGGCAGGCGUUGCGCGUCUUGCCCCCAGACACGCGGAUAAAGGUUAGCCCGGCUCGCAGCGUUGGCGCCCUUCCGCCCCGGAAGGGCGCAGUCCGGCAGCCCAAGUACGGGCGGGCGUUUCUAAAAUGCCUGGAACCGUUGGGCGUUGCAUCGCUAGCGGGCCUCAACAAGCCGGAGCGCAGUGGCCAUGUUUCUCUUGAAAGAAGGGCGAGGCCUGUGUUGCCAGCGCCGGCUCGGCCGGCCGCGGAAAUUUAUUUGUGCGUCCACGCAGGCGCUGCAGAGCCCCGCGCACACACGGCGACCCUCUGUGAAGCGUCGGCGCCGUUGGCCUGUGCGCCGGCCUGUGCGAUUUUUAUUUUGGUAUGCGUGCCCGGGUAGCAAGGCAGCUGACAAAAAGCCCUCGGCGGGCCGGUUCCUCCGCGGGGCCGGACCUCCGGACGGAGCUCUGCGGCCCGGGUGGCUCUUUCUGGCCUGCUCCGGCUAACGAGCUGGGUGCGAGCAAGCUUUGGCGGUGGCAGCGUGCGUUGAUCAGACUCGCGCCCCCGCCAACCCCUGCCCGUUGUCACAGGCGUAGCUGCGUCUUGGGGGUUCGCCUUCUUUUGGGGCCGCCCAGAGCGGUUUUUCCCGGGUCGCUCGACGCCUGUUCCCCAAGCCCCUCCCUGGCGUGCCCAGAAAGGAAAAACGCUCCGCGCCCGCGCCCCUUCCAUGGCAGGCCCGAAAAAUUUUUUGUUUUCGCGCGGCCCGUUUCUCGGGCUCGCGAAGUGCCGACUUUGCGAUCAGAGCGGAGAAACAGCUGCUGUGCAGGUGUUUCUUCGGAGAAACACCUGCGCAGCAGCUGUUUCUCCGAUCAGAUCGCGAAAUGUGGCGAGGAAAAACCCGCCGGACCCGAUUGCCUCGCUUUCUCUGGAGAGGGUCCUCUGGCGGUGGCGCGCCGCAAUAUUUGCCAGGAGGCCGCGCAGUGACCAGCUGCGCAAAAUGGCGGGCCUGCACUCACCGCGCAGUCUGCGCCUGGGGCUGGGGAUCUUCGUCAUGCGUGCCUGGCGGCCGUGCCUAGCGCCGACCAACGCUCAGCCAGCGCCGCAGAGCCCGCCCUCCAUCGCCGGAAGGGGGCGGGACUACAGCCAUUUUGCCGCCCCCCCUUUAUCCCGCAGGCCCAUGCCCGCGCGACGAGCAGUCCGCGCCAUGAAUCGGGCUGCCACCGCAGCGGCUUGCCAGGCCGGCCGCAUCCAGCCAGCGGCAGACCACACACAGGGGCGCAGCGCCCGCCUGCCUUUUUCUGUGCCUUGCGCCGGCUGCCCGCGCUCUCCACACACGGGCAGCAUGCUCGAACGGGGCCGAGGGCGCCGGAGCUGUUGCGUUGGCCACGCGUGCAGCUUCGCAGCGGCGUGGGCGUUGCAGCAGCACCGCGCGGCGUAGGUGUAGUCGGCCCCUUGCCUGCGAUGCGGCAAUGGGCAGUCUCCAUGGGUGUGCCUGUGGUGGUGGCUUCGCUGGUUCUGGUAGCUAGUUUUGAGAUUGGGGGCGCAGCGUUUGGGGUUUGCGCCUAGCUUGCGUGGCCGUGUGCCCACCCCACCCAGGUGCGAUUAGUUAGACGCAACAGCCAGCCCGCAUUGCAAAUUGCCUGGGCUUGUGGGGCCGGUCCGGCGGCGUCGGACUUACUCGCCCGGUGUGCGAAACCAUUCGGCGCCAUGUGUCGCCCCCACGGAUCUAGCUCGAUGUCGGUGGCUGUGGCAUCGUGAUUGCGCGCGGCUCCCGGCACUAUUGAACGAGCCCAUUUUCCGAUCAUGAUCGAACUCGCGAUGGUACCGCAACGGAUGAGUGUCCAUCCAUAGCGCGGGCAUGCCCAGCUCCACACCCAUCCCGAGUAGGGCCGUAAAGGAAGUUACGGGGAUAGACCUGGCGAGCGCCAAGUCCGGUGUUGGCACAGACGGGUCCGAAGCCAGCGAGCAAAGCGAGUACAGCCCGACGAGUAAGGCCAUGGCCUCCUACAAAGGACAACAAGUGCAGUCGCAGUCCAAAAUCGGAUCUAAACUCGGCUCGAAACUCGGUUCGAACAAGCAGCCCGGUUCUCCCGGCAGCGCACCCAGCUCCGCGCCGUCUUCCGUGCAGUCGAAUUCCCCCAUAGCGGACCUUGCGGAGUUGAAACGCGAUUCGUCCGCGGCCCACCCGGUCUCCGAUAGCAUGAAACCCGACGACUAUUCUGAGGAAAAACAUCCCCACCCCAGAGUUGUCAUGCAAAUCUGCAUGCCAAAAAAGUUUCUCGUGCGAAACCCCAUGAGAAGAUUUCUCUAGUCGUGUUUUGGGAUCGAUCUGUGAUGCGAGAAAUAGCAUGAUAUGAUAGAUCUGCGAUGCUGCUGAACUAGCUGAACUAACAGGACUGCACUACGAGGACGAACUUGUCAUGCGAAACAACCAAAGCUGGUCGAUUUGUCUAGCAGAUUUCCCAUUUUGACUCGUCUGGUGUAGGGGCGGUUUUACUCAGGAUAGCGACACCAUGAUCGUCAUGAACGCGUUGGAUUCGCGAGACCGCUACACAGUGCAGGACGACGACAGCGACGGGAAACCCCAUUCACAACCGGUAUGACAGUGCACAACUCCCCGCCCUCCCCCUCAUUUGUAUUGCAUGAGCGGCAAUACAACCGCCAGCGACCCUGGAGCCUGCGCAUGACAAUUUUUUUAUGCACUUGCUGUAGUACAACUGUUUAGGGUUCUUCCGAAAUUUGUCAUGCAAACAGUGCCACGUGGGAGCGACUGGAAGGAUUGCGAUUUUGCAUGACAAAUUCUGGGGAGCAGGGGGAGUUGUGCACUGUCACAACCGGAGUCGGGUGCGGCGAAGAAAAAGCCGGCGAAGAAAGGAGAGAAAAAGAAAGACGACAAGGCGAAGGACAAGGGGAAAAAGGACAAGAAGAAGAAGGACGAAGCGGUAUUGAAGGGAAAACAAGCACCGUGUAGGACAACAGCAACACGCAUGACAAACUUCUCAAUCAAUAUUGGAAUUUUGAUACCGCACCCAUGGAGAUAGAGCUACUACAGUUAGUAUGUGUAUUGUUUUUUUCAUACUGCGUCCGCGUUGAUGAAUCUUCAUGAAGACAUGAUCAUGCUGUCUAAUAUGCCCGCGCAAUGCUUAUGCUUUUUCCAUCCAUACCCGGGAUCGGCUAACACCUCGGAUGAUUCCAACCAGCCGGACAGCACUGCGGACAAGGCCGCCGUCAAGAAAGCCGGGAAGAAGGGCAAAGUGGAUAUCCUCGGGAACGCGGAUAAAGCGAAGACCAAGGACCGGUCUGUGACCCCCACUGGGCGGAAACGGGCACCCGAAAAGGACGGGAAGAAAAAAAAAGUGAACGUGCUCGCCGGACCCGCCGGCAGCGAAGAAUCGGAAGAUGACUCGAAAAAAUCCACUGAUGAUGGGUUAUCGGACUUGUAAAAAACCGGCGCACAGAUUCUGCUCUAACAUGACGAAGCAUGAAUUUGUGAUGCGCUUGCGCAUGGUUGUACAUGAUUGAAGGCUUAGCUGCGUGUUUCCACUGAGCGAGAGAUGAUGUAAGAGCUGCCGUUCUUGUGAUCAAAACCGCAUUGCAAAUUCAACAUCAUGUCAAGGAGUAGUUGUGGCGGUUUUUUGCAGAGGAUAACCCUCGGAACCGACGUCCGGCGAGAAGAAGAAGGACGCCGUGAAGAAGAAAAAGAAGAAGUGAAGAUGAACUGAUGUAGUUGGCACCAAUAGUGCUGAUGGAGUGCGACAAGCGAAUAAUUCAACUUCUUCCACCUCCAAAAAGGCGAGCAGCGCACAACUCAUUUAAUACACGGCCUGAGAUUAGAUUCUUGGACUGCUCUCAGCAUUUCUCCUCCAGGACAAUUGAGAAAGACAAAAAAGCCGACAACACACGUGUCUGUUUCUGGCAGACUUUAGAGUCAUCCGCAGACACCGUGCACAAGCACAGGUGCAGCUAUGCACUCAACAAAACUUUUAAACUGGUUUAUGGUUUAACUUUAACUUUGCUUACAACUUUAUCACAAUUCGAAUUUAUCUAAACGUCUGUCACGAAGAAUUAAAAUUAAAAUAUAUGCGACACGGGGUCUAGUAGCUGUGAGCUUCCUGUCAUUCUGAUGGACUCACAUGUAGGACCGGACCGCCAAAAGUUACUUUCUCCAUACUGUUACUGUGUGUCACAACAACUUGCUUUACAUCUGUUUUACAUCUUUUAUCUUGUUCAAUGGCUUCUUGUUUUCUUAUCCUUUAACAACGAGAAAAAAUUAUCUUUUGCUAUCUUGCAACUGUAUGCUAGGAUCUAGACGUAAAAUUUGCGCUUACCCACUGGAGGGUCUCAGUAGUGGAUGAAUCUAAGCGCAAGUAGGAACACGACGAACAACCCCAAUUGAAAGAGGUCCUCCUAGACCAAUUUUGUCCAUUGUACCAACUGAAAUGAAUAUAUCUUUUCGCAAGAAUGUGAGAGCGAAAAGAACAGAACAAUGUGAUUAGAAAGCAUGCUGAGAAAAAACUGUACUCACGUAUUGGCUAAAUAGCGAACUGUACACUACUGAGUGCUGCUCGUGCUGAGCAACAAAAAUAUGGAUGGAAGACGGAGCUACAGCUAUUGCUGCUCUAAACUGCCACACGUUGCGGAGGUGUAGCGGACGCUAUCGCUAGCAUGCACC